AUGAAAUUAUUCAAUUCCCUUUUGCUCCUCACCCUCUUCUUGGCCAUCACCAUCUGCCACUCUCACCAAGACAAUCAAUAUGUGAAAUUCAAAUAUUAUGCUAAAGGUAGUUCUUCAUGCAUUGGGACCGUCCAAUCUAUCUAUGCUGAGAAGACGAAUCUGUGUGUUCCUUCUAGUGAUCCAACCUAUGGCUAUUCAAUCUCCCAAUGCACACAAAUUGCUCCAGGUAAGGUCAGAUACACCUGGGGAACAUCGUGCAAUAGUAAUUGUUCUAAUUGUGAAACCGAAGGUGAUAAUAUUUAUACUCCAGAUGAAACUUGUAGUGAUCCAGAGCAACCUUACACCAUCGAAUGUGGUUCUUUCAAUUUCAAUGAUUAUCCAGCAAUGUUGUGGACUUUCAGACAUGUUAAUUUCAAUGGAAAGGUUGAUUGUAAAAAUGAUGUUGUUAGAUCAAUUGCUGCAACUCCAUUGAAUACAUGCAUUUCUAAUGGUGCUGAAAGUUACUCCAUCUCAUGUAAUUCAACCUGGUCAGAGAAACGUAUUUGGCAAACCAAUUCAUGUAAGCAAGAUGUUCAAUUCAUUAAUUUGGAAAGACUUAAUGAAUGUCGUACCGAUAAGAUGACUUUCUGUGGAAAGAAAUAA